CUUGAAAAGGGAGCAGAGCGGCGGCAGUGCGAGGGAGAGAGAGAGAGAGAGCGCACUAAGUAAAUGUCAUAGCCGGUGGUGGCGCCAAGUGGAGGCCUGUCAUCAUCCGCAUCAUCACCGUCGAGUACCUAUGUACGGUGGUGCCCCUUCUCUCGUCCCCUUCCUCUCCCCUUUUAAACCCUUCCCCUCUCCCUCUCCCUCGUCGGCGCCCGUUUACGCGGCGCCAGGUGCCAACCCCUCCUUCAUUACCCUCCUCCUCCUCCCCCUCCUCCUCCUCCUCCUCCUCCUCCGUCCCGCGUGAUACCUCUGUCUCCUUCCCUCCCGCAAUCACUCCUCUUCCUAUUCUUUUGCCAUCCAAUCCAAUCCGAUCGCCUCCGAGGGCGUUGGCCAUGACGCUCUUGCUGCCAUCGACCGGGGGCCCCACCCGCUGCUGGGGUCGCUUCACGCCCAGCCCGUUUGUCCGCUCAUGGGGAUGCUGGCGGCGUCUGACGAAGAGCAAGACGGCGGCGGUGCGUGGGGGUCCCACUCCAACGGCUCUCUGCGGCGGCCUGACCAGCGACGGCAGCUGCUCCUCCCAAACCGACGGCAACCUCGAGGUCUCGAGUUUACUUCUGAUGGUAGUGAAGAUGGCUAGGGAUAAAUUCGCCCAGGAGAUCUCUUUCAGGACGGAUGAUAAGGAUAUCUCUCUUGCCAAGGCUUUGUUACUUGUUGCUGCUGAAGAUGAAGCUGUAUUGACUUCUAAUCAAGAUAUGGAUGCACAUUCUCUCAGAAAUGAAAGGAAUGAUGCUACGUUACCAUACAAAUCCCAUCUGGAAUUGAAUGAUGUGCAUGAAAUUUUUUUAGCUGGCAAGAGCAUACAUGGGUGGUUAAAUGAAUUGGAUAUAAUAGCAAGAGAAGUGGAAGCAGAGUUAAUUUCAAGAGAUAUAGGCUGCCAUUUGAUGGAGAUUUUAGAGGCUGUAAACACAGUUCUUUUUGGAAUUAGAGGCUUCAAAAGAUUUCCUGUGCUAGUAGAUUCGAAGCUGUCAUACAUGCACACUGUACUUAGCUCUGGAUGUGGCAGUGCUAUCAUGAUUAGCAUCAUUUACAUUGAAGUCUGUCGAAGACUUGGUGUUAGUAUAGUGGGUUCACGAGUUGGAGAAGAAUUUUUGAUUUGGCCCCAGACAGAGAACCCUCAGGAACUUUUUAGAGCUUCUUCAGGACAAAGUUUGCUGGCCAUAAUUAAUGGCAGAUGUGUGGAGGAUCCUAGAUCAAAGGCUUCGGACUUGGACAGUAAAUCACUUUUGGGGCUUGAUAUUGCAAGUAAUAGAGAGAUUAUUGGGAUUGCUUUAGCUAAUAUGAUUAGGCUUCACUGGAAACGAGCAUCAAGGACGAACCCUGGGCUGAUGCUGACUUCCCCACUACGACCAGUUUAUGCUGUGAAUGAGAAAGCUAGCAAGAUCGGAAGUUCAAAAAAUCCUUUGCUGCGGCCGCUGGAGCUAAGAUUGGCUGCUAUGGCUGCAGAGAGACUGUUGAUUCUGAAGCCAGAUAAUUGGACUCUGAGGAGAGAUCAUGGCAUGCUUUUAUACUACGGCAGGAGGUACGCAGAAGCUGUCCAGGAACUCAGCAUCUGCAUGGCCUUAGCUCCUGUGGAAGAGGCAGAAGCUCUGGAGCGUUUUGUUGAGAAGCUGCAUCUGUUGCGGCUCGAAUCAUCAUGGAAAUCUCUAGAGCAGCUGGCUCGCUAACAUCCCCUCCUUGAAGGAUAUAUCUGCGGAGUUUCUUAUCAAACAUGUUAACGCAGCCCUGCAGAUAUGAUCAAAGUUUUUGACAUUCCAAAUGCUACGUUUUCUUUUUUUUACUUUUCCGGUUACAUAUAUGAGUUAUAGAGCAUCAGGAAGCUAGAUGGAGAGUGGCUUAUGGCUAAAUGGUAUUUCGCAGUCUAUGAACCUUCCAGCUUUUAAUAAUGGAGAGAUUUAUCAACUCGAUACACGGUUACUGGAUAAACCAGUUUAUGCA